AGGCCAAAGUGUGUACAUGAUGGAGAAAUUAAUAUACAAAGAAACUGACUUGUCAGAGGUCAAAGAAAAGUAUAGGUGGAUCAAGAAAUAAGUCCCAAGCCUCUUCUCUCCUUGCUUAGUUUUUUUGUCCAUUGACUAUGCAGCCUAGUGGCUGGAGUGAUGUGAGAAAGCGUAAGUAUGGCCGCUUGUCAGAGUCUGCAUCUCAGCAUCAAGAACCUGCUGACAUCCUGGAGCUAGGAACCCGAAUAUUAUUGCCUCUGGGAAGCCUUCCACAAACCUUCUGCGUGCUCCUACAGCACCCUCCACCUCUGCAAGUGCAGCCCUCACUACACCAUUCUGCCAUGGAUCAUUUAGUUUCUGUCCCUCCCUAGACUGAAGCUCACAAGAACAAGGGCAAUAUUUUGAUCAUGGUUGUAUCUCCAGUACCCAGCACAAUACUGUAAAUAAUUCUUGGAAGAAUGGCAGCUAGUGCUUUUUGCAUGGCCCAAAGGGGCCCUGUGCUACUCCGCCACAGAGGAAACUUCAAGAAAUGCUGGUUUGCUACAGUGUUUUAGCUUGUGAGAGUCUCUGGGACCUUCCCUGCUCCAUCAUGGGGUCACCUCUAGGUCAUUUUACCUGGGACAAAUACCUAAAAGAAACAUGUUCAGUCCCAGCGCCUGUGCAUUGCUUCAAGCAGUCCUACACACCUCCAAGCAAUGAGUUUAAGAUCAGCAUGAAAUUGGAAGCACAGGACCCCAGGAACACCACAUCCACCUGCAUUGCUACAGUAGUUGGACUGACAGGUGCCCGACUCCGUCUGCGCCUUGAUGGCAGUGACAACAAGAAUGACUUCUGGAGACUAGUUGACUCCUCUGAAAUCCAGCCAAUUGGAAACUGUGAGAAGAAUGGUGGAAUGCUGCAGCCCCCUCUAGGAUUUCGGCUGAAUGCCUCUUCUUGGCCCAUGUUCCUUUUGAAGACACUAAAUGGAGCAGAGAUGGCCCCCAUCAAAAUUUUCCAUAAGGAGCCACCAUCACCUUCCCACAACUUCUUCAAAAUGGGAAUGAAGUUAGAAGCUGUAGACAGAAAGAACCCUCAUUUCAUUUGCCCGGCCACUAUUGGAGAAGUUCGAGGCUCAGAGGUGCUUGUCACUUUUGAUGGGUGGAGAGGGGCAUUUGACUACUGGUGCCGCUUUGAUUCCCGGGACAUCUUUCCUGUGGGCUGGUGUUCUUUGACUGGAGAUAACCUGCAGCCACCUGGCACCAAAGUUGUGAUUCCAAAGAAUCCUUCCCCUGCAUCUGAUGUGAACACUGAGAAGUCCAGCGUCCACAGCACCAAAACUGUCUUGGAGCAUCAACCAGGGCAGAGGGGGCGCAAACCAGGAAAGAAGCGGGGCCGAACACCCAAGAUCCUUAUUCCCCAUCCCACCUCUACCCCAUCCAAGUCAGCUGAACCUUUGAAAUUCCCAAAGAAGAGGGGUCCCAAGCCUGGCAGUAAGAGGAAACCUCGGACUUUGCUGAGCCCACCACCCACCUCACCAACAACCAGCACCCCUGAACCGGAUACCAGCACUGUUCCCCAAGAUGCUGCCACCAUCCCCAGUUCAGCCAUGCAGGCCCCCACAGUUUGUAUCUACUUGAACAAGAGCGGCAGCACAGGCCCCCACUUGGAUAAGAAGAAGAUCCAACGACUUCCUGACCAUUUUGGGCCAGCCCGUGCCUCUGUGGUGUUGCAGCAGGCCGUCCAGGCUUGCAUUGACUGUGCUUAUCACCAGAAAACUGUCUUCAGCUUCCUCAAACAAGGCCACGGCGGUGAGGUCAUCUCAGCCAUGUUUGACCGGGAACAGCACACCCUCAACCUCCCAGCAGUCAACAGCAUCACCUAUGUCCUCCGCUUCCUGGAGAAACUCUGCCACAACCUUCGGAGUGACAAUCUGUUUGGCAACCAGCCCUUUACACAGACUCACUUACCCCUCACUGCCACAGAGUACAGUCACAGCCACGACAGGUACCUACCAGGUGAAUCCUUUGUCCUUGGAAAUAGCCUGGCCCGGUCCUUGGAAACACACUCAGACUUAAUGGACUCUGCCUUGAAGCCUGCCAACCUUGUCAGCACCUCCCAAAACCUUCGAACUCCAGGUUAUCGGCCCUUGCUUCCCUCGUGUGGCCUCCCAUUGAGCACUGCCUCAGCUGUGCGUAGGCUCUGCUCCAGGGGAGUGUUAAAAGGAACAAAUGAAAGAAGGGAUAUGGAAUCAUUCUGGAAACGAAAUCAUUCCCCAGGGUCAGAUCGGUAUCUGGAGAGCCGAGAUGCUCCUCGCCUGAGUGGCCGGGAUCCUUCUUCAUGGACGGUGGAGGAUGUGAUGCAGUUUGUCCGGGAAGCAGAUCCUCAGCUCGGACCCCAUGCUGACCUCUUCCGGAAACACGAGAUCGAUGGCAAGGCCCUGCUCCUGCUGCGCAGUGACAUGAUGAUGAAGUACAUGGGCCUGAAGCUGGGGCCCGCCCUCAAGCUCUCCUUUCACAUUGACCGGCUGAAGCAGGGCAAGUUCUGAACAGGAGCCAUUCUUCUCCCCGGAAGCCACCAGCCAGCUCCCAGGCACCUCUGUAGGGCUCUGGGUGACCUCAGGACUCCAGGAGGCUGGAGAACCACCACUGCUACCUUCCUGCCAUGAUGUGUCCUUCCAUGAAGGACUGAGGAGGGAAGAAUGUGGGCCCAGGGCUGGUGCUGUUCUUCCCCCUUAGCCUGCUGUGGCUCCCAGGCCCUUCUAUUUAUUUCAAGGCUAGCCAAGCCUCUCACGGGAAGUUUAGACUGAGCACCUUGCAGAGAUGGAGGAAGAGGCCAAUUCUAGGGCCUUAAAAGGCCCUGGAACCCAGGCCCCUUACCACCUCCUGGGCUUGGUCUAGUGUCCAUGGCCCCAGCCAUGCCUUCUCAACAGAUCCCCAAACUCUGAACUUACGGUGCAGACCUUUUAAAAAAGAUCUUUUCUUGUUGCUAAUUUAUUGCUUCUGGCACUUGGACUUAAUGCUUUUCUUGCACCAGACAUUUUUGGGAAGGAGACCACCCUCUGUGAUCCAGAGAGGGCCUCUCCAGAGAAGUAUGGCCCUGUUUCAGAGGACACUGCCCUAGGGCUCUUUCUCUGUGGGAUGGACAGAGAGGUAUAUGCACACUGGGCAUGGAAAGGUGAGGCUCCCUCUUCCUACACCAGGCCCUCUGUAGCCCCAGUCUCUAUCUCUGAUGGAGUUUUCCCAACCCCCUGCCCGCAUCACAGCUCCCUGCCCUGGUCAGAAUUGCUGCAAAAGAUGGGGCCUAAUGCCUUUAGGCCACGGGGCCCCCAUGGUGGGAGGGAGGACCUCUAGGCUGGAGGGGUUUUGCCCUCUACUAGCUACUGUGCUUCCUCCUAAGCAAGUCAGCAGCACUGCUGCCCCCACUGCCAUCUGGACUAUUUUAUGUCGUUUGUUUAUAAAUAAAAAACAGUACAAAUGCC